AUCAUUCCUAGCUUGUUAUUAUUAUUCUCGUUCACAAAUUCCAAGUUUCGUCAGCCAAAUAAAAUUGCUUAAACCCCUUAAUUUUGCGUACAGGUGAACCUUGGCUGACAUGGAGGCCGACGACGAUUUCGUCCUGGACAAUGAGGCGGCCGAGAUAGAGCGCUUGGACCUGCCUGCUGCCAAGGAGAGUAAAGCCUCCAAUCCCGAGGAGGAGGAUGAGCGCAUAGCUCGCAUCGACUUCCAAUGCUCCGGCUGCGAUAUGCACGAGCUUGUACACUAUUUCGGAAGGGAGCCGCCCUUUGCGUUGGGUAUUAAGUAUCCCGAGGAUAAUUACGUGAUGCGGGAUCCCUUUCAGGCUCCACCACCGCGGUGGCAGGCCAAACCGGAAUUCUACAUUGCUCUGGGGGCCAAGUGCUCCAGAUGCUCCAAGACUGUUUGCAAGGAUCCCGGCUGCAGUUUUUAUUACACGGCCACCUUCUGUUUGCCAUGUGGUCGGGAAGAACUAAAAAACUGGCCCGUAGAGGCCCAAGCCCGUCUUCGGAAACAGCUCUCAGCCAGUUAAGGUACAAAAACUGAUUAAUAAAUAAUGUUUACUAUUUGAUUUAAGACUAAAUUUAGUAUAAUUUAUUUAUUUUUAAAUAUUAUCUUAAGGAUUUUGAAAACGUUUAAGGAAAUAAAGACUCGGUUUGCAUACUUGAUGGCAUUUU